AUUUCAGUUGUCAGCUGGUUUUGAGCUGACUGAGGGGGCUCCCAUUUAGGCUAGAGAAAGGAAUAGAGCUGCUGACGAGCACGCGACGGCGCGAUCUGUGCGACGCGAUAGAGAGCGGGGACUCGGUGCACGGCGACAGAGUGACAAGAAGGCUGCGCUAAGAGGUCUGGGAAGGACGGUGUCUAGUCUUCCGCAUCCAUGAAGAAGACAACGUUGUGGAGAAACAACAGCACCAUGUCCACCAACGACAAGGGCGGCAGUACUACAACCACCACAACGACAACUGCCAAAACUGCCAAAACAACGAACAAUAGUAGUAAUUCUUCCAAUGGUACACACAACAGCAAUCGCGGGAGUCGUGGCAGUCGUGGCAGUCGCGGCAGUAGACGCAGCACAGGGAGCGCCACACCCGAGGGUGAUGACAAACUUCCACCCGGCUGGACACGCAAAGAAAGCAAGUCGCAAAAAGGUCGCUACUAUUUCAUUUCCCCCGCUGGCAAGACACAAUGGGUGCCACCUCCCAUGAAAACAUCGAGCGCCAAGAUCAAAAAGACGUACAACUGGAUGAGCGAAGUGGAAAUUUGUUUCCAAGAGGGGCGACUUGGAGUGAGUCUAAGGGAAGUCCAUCAGAUGGAAACCAUUCUGUACCCUCAAUUCCAGGCUGAAGUGGAUGAUUUGCCCAAAAUUAAUGGCAAGGCGGGACCUGCAGAGCUUCACAACUGGAGUGUCAAACCCCACAAGCGACUGACGAUCGGCAUGCGCGUCAUUAGCAUUGAAGACACGUCACUGGCUGGACUCACCUAUAAAGAGGUCGUGGCCAAGUUAAAGAGCGCGUCUCGACCUGUUCGUAUCAAAUUUGCAGAUGUACAGAAGGGAACAGUAGAGGAGAAUGGCGGUCGUAAAUCCGACCCGGACAAAGCCAACAAUGGCGCCGGUAAUGAUGCAGCAGCUACAGGAUCGAGUGCAUAUAUGCAACAAAAGCAGGAAUACACACGUGUACUCGUGACUGGCGAACUGCAUACGGAGAUGUGGACAAUUGAGAACAAGAAGAUGCUGCGCUCAUUAACUUGUAUGCAACACAAGUGGAGUACCGUGUCUGCAGAGUUUGAUGUCCUGAAUACCAAGCGAAUGGAACUGCGGAAAGAAAACGAGAAUCUGAAAAACGACAAGGAAAAAUACGAAGUCAUGAUGAAGAAUCUCAAGUUGCAGGCGACUUAUGCCAUGGAAAACCCCGAACUUGUGCGGGCCAAUGAACUAGCCAAGCGGAACACAGAACUAAACGACGACAUAUCGAAAAUGAGCUCUGGAAACAAGCGACUCCGCAAAGAGAGAGAUACACUGCAAGCUCAGUUAGAUGAACUGGAAAAGCAGCUCGCAAAAGUGGAGCAGAAAGACAAGGAUGAAGAGGAAGAUCGUGUUCCGGAAGAAGAUAUCUUUGGUAUUGAGCCCACAGCUCCUCCUAAGGAGCAACUGUCGGCAUUAAAGAAGAAACGACGUGGACUUGAAGACGAACUGAACAAAGAACAACGCAAGGCGAACAAGGUGCAGAAAGAAAUGGAGCAACUCACUAAGCAUCUUGCCAGUCUCGGUAGUGAGGAGACAGGUCUUAACACAUCGACAUCUUCGUCCUCCUCUUCUCACCAAUCGCAGACUGAUGACAAGGACAAGGCCUCGCUCAGUGCGAGUGGUCAUCACGAAAAAACGAGUAGUAGCAAUGGUACUAGCAAGCCAAAAUCGGAGUUUGCUGACCUCGAAGCGAAGAUCUUGGAGCUGCGUAAGAAGCAGCGAUCUGUGGUGGAUACGCUAUCCAAGGCAGCCCAAUCGGGUGACCAUAAACUUGCGAAGGAGUGUCAGCGAAGGCGUCAAAAGAUCAAGGAAGAGCUUAAGGAAGCACAGGAUGAGCUCCACAGACUUAAAACUAAGGGCAAGUCAGGGACAGCGUCUUCACGGGGCGACUCUCGCAAACCAAAGCCGUCGACCGAGUCGUCAAGCGACUCGAGUCGUCAGCGCUCGCCUUCAGACUCGAAGAAAUCGAAACGUUCAGGGUCAAUUAGCAAGGACCAUUCGAGUCCGUCUACUCCUGACACAAGCGCUGACACCUCAACGCCUGGAAGUACUCGAGGGAAGAUGCCGAUGCUGAGUGGUUUCUUAGACAAGGGUCCGACCGAGUGGGCUGACCGCGGCAUCAUCAGCGGCAUGAAGACCAUGCGUGGCGCCCGUGAGCGAUGGUGCGUUAUCACCGCCGAUGGAUUCCUCAAAUACUACAAGCGACGUGGUGAUUCGGUCGUGCGUGGCGAGAUCAACCUGGCCGACAAGAGUUUCGAGGUGGUGUGUGAGGAUCUCAGAUACGGCAAGGAGUUUGUGCUGUGUACGGACGAGCAGCAGUCGCAUUUCUUCACAAAGAGCCCUCAGGAGCUCAACAAUUGGGUGAAAACAUUGCGUGCUGCGAACGCCUAUUUACUCAAUGCUGCUGCCCCACCACUACCGCCGCCUCGGCCUCGUGGCGAUACGGACAAGCAGAUGCUUGCUCGUGGCGACAGCAAGCAAGCAAAGGAGUUCAAUCUCGACGGACUGGAAGAAUCUUUGCCCGAAGAGGACGAGCAGUUUUAUGGGCGUGCUACCUUGGGUUUCUAAAGAAUUGGUGGCUGUUGCCGCUUAGUGCUGGCACUAAAUGUAAUGACUGGUUGUUAUGUCACCCAUCGCUUAGAUCUCUCUCAACUUUAUUGCUCCUGGGAAGUGUAUCGCUCUGGGAACUGCUUUUCACUCGAUUAACACCAAAAGUUUGCCACUUGAUUCCCAAAUCACAUGAAAUGCAUUUCCGCCCGCCAAAACCUGAAACUUGUCAGGAUUUUUGGCGUUUACUCUUUUCUCGAC